CCUGACUAGGUCCUCGAAUCUUCAUGGAGGUAGUCAACUAGCCACCAAGGCAAGGGGGAAGAACAUUAGAAACUCUCUUCACAUUUGAUAGAGGGACUGUUUGAGAAUGAAGUAGGAGGUUUUACCUUAUUAAACAUUGAAAAAUAAAAAUUACUCAUCAAACAUGGCUGCUACGCAAGAUAACAUGACGUGUGCAGUCUGCACAGAAAUUUACACAUCACCGAGAUUUCUGCCCUGUCAUCACACCUUCUGUCUACCGUGUCUUGAGCAGUUGGCAAAUAUUCAUGGAGACACCAUCCCGUGUCCUACCUGUAGAGCUCCUGCUAGGAUACCGCGAGGUGGUGUGCGUGCUCUACAAGUCAACUUCUACUUCACGGAGGAAGCUCUGGAGGAGGCACGUAGUGAGAAAAGACAAUCCAUGUGUUCUGUCCACACAAAGAAGCGUCUUGUAUUGUAUUGUACACAGUGUCACCAAGCCAUAUGUACCAGGUGUAAGCUGACCAAACACGAGGGACACGUUACUGAAGAUCUGGCAGACGCCGCCGCUCGCUGUAAACAAACGAUUGAACAUGAAGUGGUUCAUCUUGACACUUCAAUUGGUAAUUUUAAACGGCAAAAACGCUUUUAUGAAAAACACAAGAAGUACUUAGAAGAAAAAAAAGUUGCACUAUCCAAUCAGAUUCAAGUCCGGCAUGACGCCAUUGUGGCUAUGGCAGCAAGAUAUCGUGACCAGGCGAUGAGAAAUCUUCAGGAAAUGUCAGAGAGUCUGAGGAGAGAGUUUACCGCCAUGACACAGCCAGUCACAGACGAGACGAACUUCCUUCUCAAACUUAAGGAACGAGCUGUAAACGCGCUAAGGUCAGCCUGUGACAUGGAGGUCCUGGAGGUGGAGAAAGAGAUAACACGGGGAGAAGGAAGCGCCGAGCGGUUGACAGAACUAAGGGCUGGUUGGCCUACUGUAUAUUAUCUUCCUGGACUCCAUGGCGAUUUCACUAACGACAUUGAAAACUGCGUCAAGAUGUACAUAGGAUUGCCAGUGAAGCUGACAAAACAGAUUGAGAAUAGUUACAGUUUUAUUCCACAUGUUAGAUGCGGAGAUAAAGAAUGUUGUGAGGUGCACGCUUUGCGGCAAAAGAGGGAUGAAAGUAUCGAGGUAUUUUAUGGGGGAACGGGAGGUGACUUCUCUAAAGAGAGGUCAGUGAUUUUCAGGUCUUUCAGUCGAAGUGGUGUUGUUGAGUACGGAAAAAGAGUAUCACCCAUCACACGUAUAGAUCACAUAUUGGAAUGGGAAGGACAAGAAAAGAGAACUCUUGCUUCAAAGGAUGCCGGCAUGUAUUGUAUAAAUCAGAACUGUACGACAGGUGAGUGUUUUAUAAGUUCAGUUCAGUUAGAACAAACAGACGAGAAGGAGACAUGGUGUUUCGGUUCUCCUUUAAUCCAACCACAAGUAAACAAGAUACAUAACUUUGAUGCUCACAAAGACGGGAUGUUGUUUGCUGUGGUGGACGAAGAUAAAGAUGAAACUUCAAAUGAUGAAUCAUGUAGGAAAGAUGAGGAAAACACGUGCAAAGAAAGGUCCCGUCGUGUUGUACGUGUUUAUUCCAAUAAAUCUAACAAACCUGUAGCCACCUACACACCACCAGUACAACCGUUUUUCCCAACAGACGUCUGCUUUUGGGGCAAAAAGUUGUUGAUUUCUGAUUGGUUGAACGACUGUGUACACGUUACAAAGGUAGAUGACAAUGAGAUCACAUUUGUCACGUACCUGCCAGGCAACAUAGUGCGGCCAACAGCUUUAAAUGUUGAUGUUUACAAUGACCUGCUCAUUGGGUGUGGCGAUGGCUUGUUUCUACAAUGUUCCUUUCCCGCUUCUUAUUAUGAAUAGUAGAAGGUGUAUCACAGUUACAAAUUUAAUUUCAAAUCAGCUUCUGCUGUGGGAAAAGAUUUGUUUUACACAUUUUCUUAAACAGUUGUGUUUAACCAGUUGCUGUUUUUUCCUUCAUCUACACUAGUAAGAGGUUGUACAUUCUGGUUGCUAGUGUACUCAAGAGAAGGUUGCUAGCAUUGAUGACAGGAGCCACAUGAUGAACGGAACUGGAGUUUGCGUUCUGCCCUCUUUGUUCUAAACACGGCAAAACACCAUCGUCGACAUUAGGCUGUGCUACAUUCACUUGCCUUCCAUGUUAUCUGUCUAUAACGAACUUUGUACCUGUCAAUGUUUAACACGUGAAUAAAAUAAUCUCAGAGAUAGUUUUUAGAUUGUUAGAAAACUCAGUGUCACCAGGUCACAUCAUGUCAGCGUUGCGUUGCAGGUCUCAGCUUAGCUUUUGUUUAUUUUAACCAGCAGUGAAAGAAUGAAAGUCUUAUAAGAUUGUUGGAUUUGUGAUGUAUGAAACUAGUGAUAGAUGAAGUUAUCGUAUUAAUUACAUUAAUGAUUUUUUGGAAAAGAAAUCUUUUACAGCAACCUGUAUCUCGUCGUCCAAUCGUGUGAUCGUCAGCGAACUGUCAGCUGGAAUUUCGCUUCUUUUUGUGAUCAAACAGUUAGAAAAGCUUCACGCAUUUUGUGUAUACCUGAACAUGUACUAACGAGAUAAUUUGUAUUAUUAAGCUCAGGUAAACGUUAUUCCAUGCCAAUAUGUAAAAGUAACAGACACAUGAAUCGUUUGUGCCAUCUGCGGUCCAGUUGCUCAACCUUAGAUGAAGUGUCAAUGGUUGUGUGUGUUUGUGAUGUUGUAGAUACUUACAUGAUUAUUCUUGAUGCAAGUUGUUUGUUUUACAGUAUACAGAUAUAUAUAAUUUGCCUCUUUUUCACGUGCUAAUGUACAUCUUGCACCUUGCAGUGAACUUGUUCUACUUUUACUUUUACCUUUAUUUUUAACUUUACUGCAACUAGAACACCUUCCCUUGUUUAAAUUUGUCCACUGGGACCAAUAAAGUUGAUCAUUGUCAUUGUCAUUGUCAUUGUCAUUGUCAUUGUUGCUGAGAGCUAAAUCGCAAGUCGUCGCGAGGACGGACUGCUCUUCCGCCAGACUGCUGUGGGCUGCUGACCAUGCGAAUAUACCGAGUGAUUCGUUUUGUUUUUAUUUUGUGGGGAUAUUUGUUUGCAUAUUAGUCAAUGCUAUUCAUUGGCGCUUUUUUUUCGUAUCUUUUUCGUUUUCUUUAAUUUCUCUUUCUUUCCUCUUUUACAGUUGGUCGGUCGCAUCUAGUGACCGCUAAUAAACAUAUAUUUUGUACAGCC